GCUGGCAGAGGGAGGGCUUAUUCCGCAGCUCCGCAGAAAUGGGAACUUUGUUUCGCUGGAGUCGAGCUCCCAACUGUGCCGAGGCGAAUAAACGGGACUUCCAAACAACAAAAAAGUACAUUCUAAUGUACCAUAUUUAAUUUGUUUUAUUUUAUUUUUUUUACCAGCGGUUAAUUCGACGCAGAGGACCACAAGAGCAGAAUGAGUUGCCUGAGCGUAAACCUGUUGCCUGUCUGCCUCGCCGCGUAGUCACCCACAAUCCAAGAUGUUGCUUUGUGGAUGGGAUGGCGUCUGGUGCCGUUUGUGCGCGGACUCUUAGCUUCUUCGGAGUACGAGCGUUCACCUCUGAAUUGACCGUGUGACUCUUCUUACCCGGGAAGAUGCAUGUGACUCUGGCAGAAGCCCUGGAAGUCCGAGGGGGCCCGCUGCAGGAGGAGGAGGUGUGGGCCCUGCUCAGUCAGAGCGCAGAGAGCCUCCAAGAGCUUUUCAACAAAGAUCCUGCAGCCAUGGGCUUCAUCAUCUCACCCUGGUCCCUCCUGCUCAUGCCCUCUGGCAACAUUUCAUUUGCAGACGAGUAUGUCACCCAACAGGACUUAAGAGCGUUCACAGCUCCAGAGGUCAUGGAAGGCAUCUCCUUGAAUUCAGUUUCUGACAUUGAAAAGAUGCACAUGUAUUCCCUGGGAAUGACAUUAUUUUGGGGAGCAGACUACGAAAUUCCCCAAAGUCAGCCCAUGAAGCUGGGGGAACACCUAAACAGUCUGCUGCUCAACAUGUGUGAUGAUGUUACGUUGAGCCGAAUGUCGCUGCGCACGGUGCUGGACAUCUGCAGCAAGCACAUCAGAAACUCCACCUGUGACCCUCCUUUCUCCUACAUUCGAAAACUGGUGCGGCUGGUGCUUGGCAGUCUCUCUCAGCUGGAUGGUCUGCUCACAGAUAGAGAAUCUCUUCCAGAGAGGAGUAAGGAGAUUCGAGAGAGGUUGAGAGGCAAAGGCCUGCCAUCGGGGAGGAGUGCCGCCCCCAGAGUUUUGGAGCGCUACAAAGCCAGAACCCAGGAGCAAACGGCUCUUAACCGGGGCCUCAGUCGUUCCAUGGGCUCGCUGCCGAUACAGGAUUUGCUGAAAGGGGACGACGGCGCAGCGCCCCAUAAUUCCCACUCUGACUCUCCCACAGAACUCUACCCCAAGCCUCCCUCACUCCAGCACCAGCUUUCCUCUCCGUAUCUGCACCCUUUCCCCCCGCAGAUGCAGAGCCGGCCCGUGGAGCUGGACCGCAGGUCUUUACCCUACCACGUUACGGACAGGGGGCCGAGUCAGCCCAGAAAGACCUGGGCUUCCUCUGUGGACUUGGCGUACAUGGACCCAGAAGCGCUUCGUUUCGGAGCUCUGGAAGACGCCCGGAGAGGCAGCAGCGCCUUGAGCACGCAUUCUGUGGGCAGGAGGAAAUCGCCGCUGUCUGUGCCCAGGGAGGUGGACUCUCGGUUCUCUGAGUUCGGCGGGCUGAAGAACCGGGCGCCUCAACACUUCUCAGCCCUGUCCGUUGGCUCUGGGCUCCCUACUGCAUACGACAGGAUGAAGGAAAGACAGAGGAAGCUGGAGGCACUACAACAAGCAGUCAACGACCCUGUCCACACCCACCAAAGGUACCACAGUGAUUACAGCUCAUCCAGUGAAAGCCCAUCAGUGGCCUCUUCAGAUCCAGACUACAGGCAAGCUAAGAAACCGGGUGAGGUGACAAGGUACGGCUCCCAGCUGGCGCUUGCAGAACACGACGCCCUGUCACUGAGAAGCCACAACUCGCAGAGACACAGGCAAAAUGAGGGUACAGCUGAUGAAAGCCCUGAGAUGCUCCUCCAGAGGCAAGAGGAGGAGGUGCAGCGACUGCAGACGCAACUGGCCAAUAGGCUGUCCAGGGCCAACUUCUACCCUGCAGACGAGCCCCUGCUCCAACCCCAUGCUACAGCACUUGACCUUCAAGACCCUCUUUACACUCCCUUAUCACUCCGCAAAAACAAGAACUCUCUUGGGCCCGAGUUUGUGAAGAUGGCCAGUGAGCCGCCCGUAACCUUAAGCGUGCCUUCGUCGAUCAUGCAACAGAAACGGGGCAAGGUGGAAGAAGUGCAGAGGAAGGUGGGUGUUGUGCUCCUAAAUGGACAAAAAGUGGAGCUGGGCUGUGACCUUAAGGCGGUUUGUAAAGACGUUUUCGACAUGGUGGUCGCGCACAUCGGCCUUGUGGAGCACCACCUCUUCGGCCUUGCAUACCUCAAAGACACUGAGUUUUUCUUCGUUGAGCCCGAUGCCAAACUUACCAAAGUGGCUCCUGAUGGAUGGAAGGAGGACCCCAAGAAACGAAGAUCCGACGUGCCUUUUAACCUUUUCUUGCGCAUCAAAUUCUUUCACGAUGAUGUCAACCUCAUACAGCACGCUUUGACCAAACAUCAGUACUACCUACAGCUGAGGAAGGAUAUCUUGGAGGAGAGGAUGCGCUGUAAUACAGAAAACGCCAUGCUGCUGGCUUCAGUGGCCCUGCAGGCUGAAUUUGGCGACUACCAACCUGAGCUUUAUGGGAAGACCUAUUUCAGACUGGAGCACUACCUGCCGGUGUCCGUCUUGGAUAAGGUGGACCACACGACUCUUCGGGAACAACUGCCUAAACUCCACAGUAAUUAUUAUGGAGCAUCAGAAUCAGAGGCAGAGUUUGAGUUCCUCAAGGUGAGCCAGAGGCUGACUGAGUACGGAGUCCAUUUCCAUCGAGUGCUUCCAGAGAAGAGGUCCCAAACGGGCAUCAUGCUGGGGGUCUACUCCAAAGGCGUGCUCAUUUUUGACGUGCUCAAUGGAAACCGAUCCCCGGUGCUGAGGUUCCCCUGGAGGGAGACCAAGAAGAUUUCCUUUGCAAAAAAGAAGAUAUGCCUUCAGAACACUUCGGAUGAAAUUAAACACAUUUUCCAGACCGACAGCAACAGGACGUGUCAGUAUCUGCUGCAGCUGAGCUCCGACCAGCACAAGUUUCACCUGCAGACAAAGGCGCGCCAAAGCAGCCAGGAGCUGCAGGAUCUCGAGAACUCCCCCUUGAGCGGCGUGCAGUAUUCCCUCGACUCUCAGGCUGGAGACGUAUCAGCCAGGAUGGCGCGGCCAAUCAGCUUGGCCCAGAGCUUAUCGACGCGCUCCAACCCGGACCACCUGAAGAGGAUCUCCUACUCCGAGGUGGCCCUCAACAAGGCGCCGUCUGGCUCAGUGUUGGUCCAUGACGAGCUCCACCUUCCAGGUUACAACCCGCUGGGCUCCACCGUCUAUCCCAACCCGCGGCUAAUGAGUCGGUCCCACCACAACCUGGCGCAGAUGCCGGAGUCGGACGAGAACCCGCUGUUGGAUUUGCUGCGUUCCACAAAAAGCAGACUGAAACAGGUUCCCGUGAACCAAGCGGCUUCUGAUUUCCAGCACCAUCAGUGGGGAAGCUCAGACACAGACUCCGGCUCACAUCAUCAGGACAAGUCAUUGGGUGCAGUUUUCCACAGCAGCCCAUCAUGGCACCUCCAUCAGUCUAAAAAGGAAUCAGACUCUUCCUCCAUUGAGGACACUGGGCAAGCAUAUGUUGUCGGAGUCAGUAUGCACAGUUCCUCUGGAGCUCCUUCAACUCCAGCCUCUGAUAACGAUUCUUUGAAGAAAAAGCUCAACGAGCUGCCAUCUCUGGAGACGGAGAUCACAACUGUAAACUUGAAGAAAGAUGCGAAAUAUGGGCUGGGGUUUGAGGUUGUUGGAGGGGCGAACCCGGGUCGUGGAAACCACGGUACAAUCAUCAGCUCCAUCACUCCUGGGGGUCCUGCUGAUCUGAACGGCCACCUAAAACCAGGUGACCGGCUGCUAUCUGUGAACGAUAUACACCUGGAUGGAUUUUCUCACGAUGAAACGGUUGAUAUCCUCCAAAGCGCCCCUGAUGACGUGACCCUCAUAGUGUCACAACCCAAAGAGAGGCUCUAUAAAGAAUCGCCUCCAUAUGUUCCCCAACCACCCAAACCAUCUUUUAAUUCACCCAAACCCGCUCCGAGACCAGAGCUGGAGGUCGAGACGUCAUCCGGAGAUCGCCGCGCUGCAGUAAGCCCCGGCCCUCCUGUCCGCGGCGCUGACACGCCGUCGGCCUCCUCUCCGGCACGUCAGCGCGCCGACCUCAGCUCUCAGGAUUCGAGGACGAGCAGCUCCUCUAAAAUCAGCCAGCCCCCUCCUGAUCGAGUCCAGCAGGCCUUGGAAAGGAUGAAAGCCCCUGGCUCCGCUGAAACCGCUGCCGACUUUCAAGCGCCGGGACCGAAGGCCGAAUUAAAGACGUCACCUCCAGCUCUGCCUCCGAAAAUGAGGAAGGUCAAACUUUCAGAACCCGCUCAGGUGUCCGAACAGUCUGACAGGGGGGACACGGACAUGGAUGAAGAGACUUAUUCCAGUAGUGAGCAGAAACUUAAGAUCAAAAAGGAAAGCAUCACGGAAAAUGUAAAUGGUAAUGGCCCAGGGGUCAGUAGUCUCCGUCCAGGAGAUCUAUUUGACGUUGAGCUGUCCAAAAAAGACAGCAGCCUGGGCAUAAAUGUCACGGUACUGUUCGACAAGGGUGGCGCUGACACAACGGUCCGACAUGGAGGCGUCUACGUCAAAGCCCUCGUACCAAAAGGAGCUGCAGACCUCGAUGGGAGAAUUCAGAUAGGCGAUCGUGUUUUGGCCGUCAACGGAAAGAGUCUAGAGGGAGCUACUCAUCAGCAGGCUGUUGAGGUCCUCAGAGACACAGGCCAGACGGUGCAGUUGCGGCUGGAGAAGAGUAUUGCGGACGGCACUCCAGCUCCCCUCACCCCUCAAACCACUGUGCGCCUUGCUGCCGGGAACCGCAGUCAAGCCAAGGACAAGGAGCAGCCCCCGGAGGCCAAAGAUAAACCCGAGUACAGCUUCGUCACACAAGAUAACGUGUUUGAGGUGCGUCUGGUGAAGAACACCUCUGGGCUCGGCUUCAGCUUUAGCCGAGAAGAGCACGCUCCGGAUGAGCCCCACGGCCCCAGCUUGGUGAAGGUGAAGAAGCUUUUCCCAGGCCAGCCGGCUGCAGAGAGCGGCCGCAUCAACGUGGGCGACGUCAUCCUACGGGUCAACCAAACCCCUCUCAAAGGACUCUCGCAACACGAGGUGAUAUCAGCCUUGCGAGGAACUGGACAGGAGGUGACGUUGCUCCUUUGUAGGCCUGAAAAGGGAGUUCUCCGUGACGUGGACGUCUCAGCUUUGACGCCCAAGCCAUUACCCAGAAAGGUGCCUGCAGCCUUUGCAGAGCCCAGCCUGAACGUGAACAGGACCGCCUCUCCUCCUGGGACGACGCAGAAGGGCCGGGUGGAGGAGGCUCUGGCGCGGCUGCAGCUUAAAAGCCCCGGCCGACACAACAGCUACAGCGACAGCACUGAUGGCGACGAGGAGGUGGAGAAAGCCUUCACCCACAGCAUGCAAAAUUGGGACAGGAGUGUUUAUCAAACGCCCGGCGGCAACUCUGAGCUGGGACACUACGACAGCUCCGGUCAGCUGGACAGCACCUUCCACUCAGCUUUUUAUUCUCCGAACCUGUCAAAGACGAGAUUAGACCUCAGCAACAGGAGUUCCUUAUCACCUGUGGAAGCUGAUAUGGAGUCCCCCUCUCUGCCUGUAUUGUCCUCCGCCUCUGCCCCCAGCCCCGAUCCCCUGCCUCCUCCGAUGCCACUGCCCUUAAAAUUCAAAGGCCCCAGCAACGGGCAGAACAUGGAAGAAUCGUUCCCGGAAGCAGAGCUGAUGGUCUCUUUGUUGAAGUCAGAGAAAGGCAGCCUUGGUUUCACCCUCACCAAAGGCAACGAUCAAGGCUGUUACAUCCAUGACAUUGUCCAGGAUCCGGCCAAAGCAGAUGGAAGACUGAGGCCUGGUGAUCGGAUGAUCAAGGUGAACGACAUUGAUGUGAAUGUCAUGAACCACAGUGAGGUGGUGGAUCUCGUUCGCUCUGCCCCUCAGGUGGUUGAUUUGGUGGUAGGAAGGAUCGUGGAAGCUCCCAAAUUCCCAGUAGAAGCCCACCUGCUGCCUGAUAUUUCUUUCAAGAACAGCCAAAAACCACUAGGAUUGGUCCUCGAUGGUGGUAGGGACAGCAUUUAUGGGGUCCUGUUUGUAAAAGACGUCAUACCAGGCUCCCCUGCCUCAAAAGAAGGAAGCUUGAAACCUCUUGACCUUAUCCACUACAUUAACGGGGCUCCUACCCAGGACCUAACCCUGAGCGAGAGUAGAAGACUCCUGGAGCUCUCCCCUGAUGACCUUGGUCUGAAGGCUACCAGGGAUGGAUUGCCUGUAUCUCCUGAACACAGACGUGUCACUUUUCUGGACAACAACUUUGGCUCCAAGAUGUCAUCCAGCAUGAAUGGCUUCCUUAAAAGGGACGAUUCCAGAGACGCUGAUGGUCUCGCCGCACUUUGUCCUGCAGAGGAGGAGAUCAUAACGCUGGAUCUGGAGAAGCCGCCGGCCGGAGGUCUGGGCUUCUCUCUGAUUGGCGGGGAGAGGGGAGUCUUUGUGAAGUCCAUCACAGCAGGAGGAGUCGCAGAGUCCUCAGGAAAGCUGCAGGUUGGAGACAGGCUGCUAAAAGUGAACGAUGAUCUAAUGACCAGUGUUUCCCACACCAAAGCUGUCACCACCAUUCGAAAAGCUCAAGGCCUGGUGCACCUGAUAGUGUCGAGACCACCUGAGCAGAACCCAAACACGUACCUGGCCUAUCUGCCGAUAAACUCUGAUAAGUGCAACGGCAACACAGAUCUGAGCGAGGACAGUGGAGUGACCACUAAGCUUCGGAUGUCGGCUGAACAGAAAUCCUCCAACGUACCCAGCAUACCUCCAAUAGACUACGACGACGGUCCCCUGGAGGGGAAAAAAGAGACGGAGCACAGUGCCGAGCUUUCAGAGGACACCGACUGCGACGGAUCCUCUCUACCCGAAGACUCUCCUGUGAGUUCUCGGAAAGGGACGUGGCAAGAAGAGUGUGUUGACGACCCAAGGAAUGAAAACAGCUAUCUGCAAAUGAGUGCAGUUCAGCCAGAAGAGGAUGACUUCACCUGGGGAAGCGAUGAACUCCCCAUAGAAAGGAUCGGCUCCCAAUCAACAGAUGACCAGCCAAUCAUCACUGAGGACGAGCUGACCACCUUGCCCCUCGUCAGAGUGGUUCCUGGCGGCCAGUACACAAGAACAAAGCUCAACUCCGUCGUCCGCAUGAUGAAGGGGCUCCUGGAUCAGAAAGUCCCGCUCCAAGAGUUUGAAAAUCUGCAGAAUCUCCAGCCGCUCGAUGACUGCUUAAUCGGUCAGACCCAGGAGAACAGGAAGAAGAACCGCUACAAGAACGUCGUUCCCUUCGACACGACGCGCGUGGUCAUCGGCCAAGACGGCGGCUACAUCAACGCCAACUUCAUCAACAUGCAAGUGAAGGACGAGAACUUCCUGUACAUCGCCUGCCAGGGUCCUCUGCCCACCACGCUGGCCGACUUUUGGCAGAUGGUGUGGGAGCAGAACUCCAGCGUGAUCGCCAUGAUGACGCAGGAGAUCGAGGGGGGCAAAGUGAAGUGCCAGCGGUACUGGCCGGACACGCCGCGGACGGCGGAGAUGGUGGACGACAGGUUGCAGAUUACGCUUGUCAAGGACCAACACCUGGACCACUUUGUCAUCCGAGUCAUCGAGGUCAAAGAUGUCCAGACUAAUGAAGCCAAGCUUGUAAGUCAUCUGAACUACACCGGCUGGCCUGACCACGGAACGCCCUCACAACCGGAGCAUCUGCUCACCUUCAUCUCCUACAUGAGGCACGUCCAUCGAUCCGGACCCAUCAUCACACACUGCAGCGCAGGCAUCGGCCGCUCAGGAGCCCUCAUCUGUAUAGACGUGGUUCUGGGCCUCAUCAGUAAAGAUGCAGAUUUUGAUAUUUCAGAUGUUGUACGGAAUAUGAGGCUUCAGAGACAUGGGAUGAUCCAGACAGAGGAGCAGUAUAUUUUCUGCUAUCAAGUAAUCCUCUACGUCCUCAGAUGCCUUCAAGCAGAAGAAAACAUCUCAGGAUAGAAACCACAUAUCGUUUAGAUGACCAGUCAGAGCAAAGCAGAACAAAAGUCUAUACGGGCAAAAACAAAAUGCCAAGUUAUGUUACAUUUUUUAAUGCCUUAAACUAUUUUUUAUUUUUAUUUUUCCAAGACUGUCCUUUUUAAGAAGUAUAUUUUCUAUUUUUUGCUUUUUGUUCUAUCUGGCUGCUGCUCCCUUUCACUGCAUUUAUGCAAGCUGCUGAUUGUAUUUCCUAUCACACAAGAGAACAUUAAUGUUUUAUUUUCUUUUAGAUUAUUUUUUUUUUUAUUGAUGAUGAAAUGAUUUUGUAUUUUAUGUGGAGCAUAUUUGUGUAUUUUAUGAUGCUGGAACUGGCCUUGACAGAAUACUGUGUCAGUAUUUGCUAUGUAAAUCUAUUAUACAUUUAUUACAUACUGCCUGAGGCAAAUGAUGAACUAAAAGUGUACAUAAUAAGCUCGCGGAAAAUUAAACUGGAUGUGUUUUUAAAUAUUA